GAUGUUAAGACAUAUGUAAGACACCCGUUUGUCGCAAAUUUUAAAAUAUCAGUCAAAAUGAAUAGACGAUUUCUGCCCGUAGUAAUUUUCAUUUGUUUGACAAUAUUUGGGGGUAACUGUAACCUUGUAGAAAUUUUGAGACGCUCCAAGAGACAAGAUUUUAUCGUAACUGAUCCACCCCCUACGAGUGGAACCACAAUUUCAACAAAUACCCCAACACAUACCCAAUCCACGACGACUGCACCAACUAUGACAACCAGUCGUAUCCAAUCUCCAGUUCCCUCGUGGAGUAAGAUUCACCGCCUUGAAUCUGGCACUUAUACCGUCAUACAUCCUGGCAAUAUGUUCCAAAUCAUACCCUCAACUUACUGGAUGAGGUCAAGACGGGCCACAGAUUUUGAACACAUAAUUCUGGAUCCAACCGACACGACAACAAAUACCCCAACUGGACGUACAUCCACGACAACUCCUCCGUUCAUUGUUACUGAUUCACCAACAACGGUUUCCUCUACUGCAAAACCUCGCGGACAAAUUAUGACGUGGAAAUUCAAGGCCAGUAAUUGUCGCAUAGAGGCGAAAUGUCCAUGUUCUACGGUGACAACUACCUUUUCGAACUGUGGGGAUAAUUAUGACCAUUUACAAGGAAGACGUGGCAUUUUUCUGAGAUUUUGUGAAAUUAAUCGUGCCACUCGUCCAGUAAUCACUAAUUAUUCGAAUACUUUUGAUUAUACCUCAAAUCCGGAUGUCCAACUGGAAAUUAUGUACGUGCCAAAUACUAAAGGCGACUCAACGCCUGAUUGGACUGGAUUGUAUUGUUUCGUUACUUGUACUGGAAGAGAUCAAGUUCCUCAAAUUCCACCUGGUGAGAACGGUUGCCAUAAUUGGCUGGCUGAAUUUAUUGGUAAAAGUAGAAAUUAGAUGUACCUAUUUAAAACGGGUAAUUUAAUAAAUGGAUGCUUAAAACAAAUCCAUCGAGUUCAGCAUCA